AUCAAGGGGUUCAGGUUUUGUUGAUUUCGAAGAGAGAGAGAGAGAGAGAGAGAGAAAGAGAUUAGCUCGGUGCCGAUGGCAGCAACGAAAUUGGUUGGACCCAUUUCUUCAACGAGCCUGAUUCUUCUGCCGCUCGUUGCUCUUGAUUUCGUUGCGAAUUGGCAAAGAAUCAAUCAACCCAUUACCGAGAUAACGGGAGCCGUGGGGUCUGGAUUGAGGAUGGAAGAACACAUCUCCUCGUGGAGAUUAGUUCCGGAAUGCCAGACAAUGUUCCUUGUAAAUCAAGGCGGGUGUUAGUGCAUUGUUGGAGUUUCGGAGCAGCACAAGAGACUGUGAUUCGAGUAAAAGAGUGGGUUGGACGUGGUGUAUAAGCGAAUGCGUUGCUGCUGUGUGGUGGGGAUGAAGAAGAAGAAGGGCGGUUUCAUGGGGGUUAGUUGAGAGGUGGUUGACGUUGCGGAUCAUGGCAUGGGCUUCCGAACUUGAAUCGGAAGUUCCAUUGCACUGUCCAACUUUAGUAGAUACUUUUGCAUUCUGUGAUUGCAGUGGUUGAAGAUGUAUGAGACAGUGUGUUCUGAGUGUCGUAAAGUCACACAAGUCGUGGAAGACCGUGCCGCAGGGGAUGUGUUGUGUGCGGAAUGCGGGCUUGUGCUAGAGCAGCGUUCGGUAGAUGAAACUCGGGAGUGGCGAUGGUUUGCGGAUUCAUCUUCUAUCGAUCGAGAGCGUAUAGGUGGCCCUUCCAAUCCGCUUCUUGCAGAUGGGGGGCUAUCGUCCUUUAUAUCCAAGUCUAAUGGUGCACAGGGCGACGUCAUGUCCUCUAUUCUGCGGCAGUCGAAAUUGGGCCUGAUUCCUGAUCAGUCUCGUAUCAUUGCGUUUCGGUCCAUUGGGAAUAUGGCGGACAGACUUGGACUGGUGUCAACAAUCAAGGAUCGGGCUAAUGAGAUAUAUAAAAAUGUGGUAGACCUGAAACUCACUCGCAAUCGAAGCCAUGAGGCUAUAUUGGCUAGCUGCUUAUACAUUGCUUGUCGGCAGGAAGAUAAGCCUCGUACAUUCAAAGAAAUAUGUUCGGUUUCAAAUGGAGCAUCAAAGACGGACACUGGAAGAAUUACCAAGAAGCUUGUGAAGCAAAUUGAAAAGGGAAUGGGUAUUUCCAUGGAAAUGGGAACCAUUCAUGCAGGCGACUUUUCGAGGAGAUUUUGCUCACACCUCGACAUGGAAAAGAACGAAGUUAGAGCUAUAACGGAAACAGAGGAGUCCUUUAUCAGUCGCUGCAGCUGCAAUAUUUAUGAUUUCACAGCUAAACGAAAAAGACAAGAAGGAAUUAAAAGAUAUAUCAAGGGUUGCUGGAGUGAAUGAGGAGAGUAUUCGAUUCAUGUACAGGGAACUUUACCCGCACGCAUCCAAACUCAUACCCGAGUGGUUUCUCAAAGAUGUCGAUUUGAAACAUUUGCCGGCUCUUUAGAGCUUCAUCUUUGAUCUGUAGAGCGGAGGAGUACCCACACCCAAGAAGCGGAAUGUUUUGAAGGACUAAGUCAGGCCAAUGGUCAUUGAUAUUUUGUAGCAGCUGCAUAUAUUUUUCGCUCAGGUCACACGCUGCUUCGUCUUUGCUCAGGUUUUUCAGGCAACCCGGAGAGUAUGGCAUUCAUUGUUGUUGGGUAUCUAACAACACUUGAAGAUGAGUGAUGGUCUUAAACUUGGUGAACAAUGCUUCACACAUUUUAAAAACUUUACUUGGAAUUAGCUUCAGGACAAAGUGGUGAGAAUGAUGAGCAGAAACUUGACUUCAAUUGUGGACAUAGAACGGAGGAGUGCAUGUGCAUCAGGAUGAAAACAUUUAUGAGAGUGAAAGCUCUUGUCAACCAUAUCUGGCUGUUGUGAUUAUUACUAUUAUUUUUAACUAGUUAUAUCUUUUCUAUUG